CCCUCUUCUGGUUGAUCAUAGAAAGUCACCGUAACAAAAUGGAAAGUGACGACCAAAGUCGGAAUGAUGUUGCAUUUGGGAAAAUCAGUGAAGAGGACAGAGAAAACCAUGAACUUUCCUUCGAAGAUGACUUUUCACCGGUGAAUAGUAAUACAAGCAGCUGCAAUAAGCAGAAUCACGAAAGGGAAGCAGCAUGGCAAGCAGACGGUUAUUUACAGUCUUUAGAGGCGAAGUUGCAAAGGCUUCGGGGAAAAACAAGUACUGGUCAAGCAUCAAACAAGAAAAUAACUUCCAGAGAUAUCCUCCGAACUCUUGAUGAAGCCAGGCAGGAUUCAGCCAGACAUCUCAUCUCCUCUGACUCUGCCCAUGAUUUCUAUGAUGGUGACUGUGAUGCUAGCGGCGAUACUCAGGUAGCUGCUCUGAAGAGGAGGAUGUUCCCCGAGCAAGCCUUGUCUGCUGAAGAACUGCAGGAGUUGCUGAGAAGAGACUUCUUACAGGCAGUAACACAGGAAGCUGCUGAAGAGCAAGCCGAUGACGAAACCUCUGGAAGCAGGUGAUAUCAUGACCGUUGUUUACAAGGGCUUUCUUCAACCCAAGUCGAUGAAUGCAAUUGCUGCUGGUACCCACCUCAGCUAUGUUGCUGCCCUUUAAAUCUCCUGGCCGUGGUUCUAAGGUGAUUUUCUAGACUAUUGCUGUGCCAUCUGAAGGGCUCACUGCAAGUGCAAGGGCCGAUCAUGGUUUACCCCUUUGGAAAAUAAUAUUGAUGAUACCUCAUAGUUCCAAGUGAUUGAUUAUCUGAUAGGAAGUUGUCACCAAUUGGCUUAAGAAUGGUGUUUUAUCAGUUUCUGUCAUAAACUUGUUGACAGAAUUCAUAACUGCAUUGUUCAGUGAUGGAGCACAGGCAAAAUCCUUGUAAUGUUAGUCCCACAUUUGUUUAUUUUUUAAUUUGAGAAGAUAUCAGUUAGUUAGGUCAGGACAAACAAUCUGAAUAGAAUUGUGCUAUUUAAAGGGGCUGCUACACCUGGAUGUUACAGCCUGUGAAUGCCGAGCAGGCAAAAUUUGUAUGGAAAGCUGAAUUCUUAUGUAAUCUUAUUUCUUGCCUUUUUUUUAAUCACAUAUUCUUAUAUAAGGAAUUUGAUUUUUUGACAUUUUAUAUCAUGAACGAAAGGCAAUUCUUGAUAUUGAGAAAUAGGAUUAAAUGAUAAAUCAUCUAGGUUUGACAGCCACUUAACCCCAGACUCAAGGCAUUAUUCAAUGUGAUUCAUGGUGUAAUUAUGAAAAAAUGAAAUUAUUCAGUUGAAUGAAAUUGUUAUUCCAAUGUCAUCAUAUGAAAUUGUGAAGACACCAUAAUGGAAUCAUUAUGUCAUAAGAAUUUCCACACCACUUCUGACCUUUUUUUUUAGAAAACUUUACACCGCAUUUUUAUUCAUGUGCACAAGUGGGUUGAUUUUUUUUUUUUUUUUUUGGGGGGGCCAUUUAUGAACACUGAAAACUGCUGCUGAGCUUUGACUUAUCAUAUCUGUGACAGCCUGGCCUGCUCUGCUUUUGCCUCACCAAAAUCAACUAAUUGCAAGUUUUGACAGAUGUUCUAAAAGAUUAUAGAUAUGUAUUGAUUUCAGAGUAAUGUAUUGUGGACAAGGCGUUUUGAAAUAUUAAAUAAUUUGAAAUAACUUCCUUCAUGGAACAUUUGUUAUAUUUUGUUUUCAUUUCUUAAACUGCAUUGUUUUAUAUCUAUUAUAGAUAUAAACAAUUUAGUUUACGAAAUGAAAACAAAAUAAUACAAAUAUGUCAUCAUGAAGGAAGUUAUUUCAAAUUAUUGCUUAACACUUGUAUGAUUAUGUAAUUGAUUUUCUUUUCACUUCCUUAAGGAGUAUUAUGUCAUUUAAAAGAUUUAUAUUAUGUAAAUGAGAAAAUGCAUCAUAUGCUAUAAGUUAUUCUGAAGACUUUACACAUACUUCCUAAAACAUCUCAAGAGGUUAGUGGUUUACCAUAGUACAUACAUCAAAUGUAACCUUAUGAAUUUAAAUUGAUAAAGAAACAUUAACAUCCUUUUCUAUCAAUUAGAUAUUUGGAAAAUUUCAAUAUCUCUUUGAAAGUUAUCAUUAUUUAUAUUGUGAUUCCAAUGCCAGCUUUUUCAUACAAUUUCUAUGAAUUUAUUUGAAUUUAAGUGUAAGCAUGAUGACAUAGGCCUGUAUUCUGAAGUCAGGUGUAAUUCAAACUCUGGUUUAACAAAAAGUUGUGGUUCAACCAUGGAAAGUCAGUUGUGGCAUAAUUCUGUAACAGUAAAGGUUGAAUAUAUCAGCUCAUUUUAGUCUCAAAUAAUUCUUAAUUGUCUGGGAAGGAUGAAUAAUAUAGUUGUCUUUACCAUAAAAAAUUGGGAAAGAGCACAGUGAACAUUAGAAGCAUUCAAUGAAAACAUAAUUUUGAUGUAUUCGGCUUCCCAUGAUUUUAGCACAGAGUUAGACCAUGGUCUAAGUUAAACCUGACUUCAGAAUAUGGGCCAUUGUGUUUAAAGAUAGAGCUUGACCAAAGCAUUGUCAGAUCUUGAAAGCUUCUUCCCAAUUAUUGUAAAAAAGAAGAAAUCUUGAACUAUCUUUUAUAUAUAAGUAAGUAUAAGAUCAAUAAAAAAGCAUAUAUUUGUGUGAAGUAUUUAUAUUGAGUAGUAAAUGGGACUGAGCUUGUGAUAUACACCCAACAUUCCAUUUAUCACAACUCCAAAAUUCCUGAUUUUCUUAUAUUAGAAAUUACCUUUAAAAUGUUACUUUGAACAUUGUCUCCCAUCCAUAUGCAGUUAUCUAUUAUUAUUCUAUGUCUCAUUGAAACAUACCUCAUGUAUUAUUUUUUGGUAUUUUUUCUUGUUUAUAUUGAAAUAUAUCCAUUACCAUUUUAUAACUUUAAUUGUAAUAAUGAAUUGAUGAUGCAACUAUUUCUCUCAUCUUCAAAGAUGAACAAUUGGCACAGAGAAGUCCACCCGUACAAAAAGAUUGAUCAGAAUUAUCAGUGAAAAUCAAAUGAGCGUAACACCGUAAAUUUUAUCAAAAUUGGAAGGAAAAUUAAAAAUGUUUAAAUUUGAUUAUUUUCACCACAUAUAAUGAGCGGUAUGCAAAUGAAGGAACCAGUGACAUCACACACUGAUUCCUCUUUUUUAUCAUGUGAAAUGUGAUGUAUUUAAUUUUCCCUACAAAAUCAUAAACUUAACAACUCUCCCUCAUUU